UUUGGAUAAUCCCGCAACAUUGUAACCUAGAGUCUACUAUAGCUGUAAUUGAACAAUUGUAGUUAUUCAACCCGAUUGUAAUUAUUCGAGAAUUGUGAUAAUGAGCUUGGGUUCGAGGCGACAGUCAGUCGCCGAACGUAGCCGCGGUCACGGGAUGAACGCUUUGCCUGACAGAGGUAUGAAGUAAUAGUAUAGCUCUCCUUAAAAGAAAUAUUCGUGGCGACACGCGACAGUAAACAUUCCAACGGUUUCUGUCCCGUGGCUCGCCACACGCAGACCCUAUUCUUCGAGUAAGAUGAUUACCAGAUGUCGACGCAUCUCCACGUUACAUGUUCAGCUAGCCCGAGGACCCGUUAUAAAUCUUAGGAUUCAACUACCUAAAGUCCUUCAAACAGACAAACAGUCUUUGUUUCAACUAGGGGAAAGUAGGGGAGACCUAUUUUUCAACGAGCGGCGUCUCCCACUAGCAACUUUCCCUCGAGGGCGGCUAGCAUCUUUUUCUAACCACCGAUAUGGAGAUUGACCAAUUAGCAGCAACGCUAAUUUCCCUUACUUUCUGAACGAAGGCUUUUCUCGACGAAUCCGAUGAUCUCGUGUCCUCAGACACACCCCAUCAUAGUUUUCCUCUACAGCGUCACCGUGACGGACACUCACUCUCUCGUACGAGCUCAUCAACUAGUUACAUAGCGCUUUCUUACGAUCAGUGAAUUUCUCACGUUCUAACAUAGAGUCCAACUUAGACUUUGACGAAACAAUAAAUUCGCUAUCCCGUUAACCGCGGAUUCGUUAUCGAACCCGAGGCUAUUGUCAUUAGUGUCGCGAGUGCCCAGUCGCCGCCGUUAAUUGUGAAUUCUGUAGCUUCCAUACUUGUGUUAAUAAACUGUACCUUUGUUAUACCACAACGAUGGCUAAUUUCAAUGAAGAUUCACCAAACACCCACAACCCUACCCACAACGCCAACCCGACAUCAGAAAUGGGAUCAGUGGUGAACCUAACAGUGGAAGGACUCAUAACCCCCGUGCAACAGAUAAUCAAGCUGCUAGUGCCACAACCGAGUGUGGAACCCGGAAACAUAGUGCUACCAUGCUUUAACCCAGCAAUCGCCGAUCCAACCGCAUGGUGCGCAGCUGUUAACCUGCUUAUGAAGGAUAAUCCUCUACAAGACAGCGCGCUAGUUUCUGCUUUAAAAAAUGCUCUAGAGGGUUCUGCAGCGCAUUGGUUUACACAGAUAGUGAAUGGCGAAGAGCUUACCUGGCCGAUGUUUAAGGAACUUUUUUUUACGCGUUUUGGUGGUAAAGAUACAGCAACCUCGACACUAAUGAGUAUACUCAGGGAACCACAACAGGAGGACGAAAACAUGGCGGCUUACGCCAAUCGUCUCCACUGGCUUCUGGAGACGAAGUGGCAAAAUACCACUAUGGCUGAAAUAAUCAACGCUACCAUUCUUUGUCAAUUGAGCCCACGAGAUCAGCGCAUCGAACAGAUAGCAGUUGGGAAGGAUAUCAAGACCAAGGAUCAGUUUCUACAUGAAAUGAAAGCUGUCGCUCUCGCGAGGAGGCCGGCAUCUUCAAGUGACACAUUAAUGGGUCCCGAAGGCAAACGACACAAGCCAUCUGUCGGCCGGUAUAGGUGCUUUUACUGUGGUAUCCCCGGACAUAAAAUAGCGCAAUGCCGCAAGAGGAUAAAUUUGGAGAGACAGACGAAUAUACGAUCACCUACAUCGUCCAGGGCGUUUUAUUUCAAGUCCCACGAGGAGGCUUAGGUAUCCUUUCAUCUCCGACAUAGAGAUAUAUAAAUAUAUAUUUAUAUAUAUGUAUAGUGCAAAAACGAUGUUUAUAAAAAAUGAAAGAGUAAUGGCUAAUAUCGUCAGUAUCGUAUAACGAAAAUCGAAGAAAUGAAAUAAGAUUAAUUAAAUUUAUAUUCAACAGAUCAAACAUUAAGGGUUCGCUAAUUUAUUAUAAAAAUGCAGGAUGUAUUUCGUUAGUUCUUGGUUGUAUAUCUUUUAUUAAUAAAUUUUGUUAUUUAAUGA